GACUAGAGCAAAGCGAAUCCAUGAGUCAUGACCCAUGAAGCGGCCGAAGCAAGCAAGCUUUCUUCGAAGAAAAGUGAAUUCCAGAGGCAAUAGGCGUAGUGAAUGGAGAGCAUCUAGCGACGAAAAUGACCGCGUAGAUCUUUGACUUUCUUUUCUUCCGCCAUUGCCUUUUUCUCGUUGCAAGCUGUGCUCAGGACAAGGAGAUUGAUCAUCAUCAUCACAAAUUCAUAACAGUUCAUCUAUUUCGAGCUCGCUUAGAGACUCGGGAGUUCCCGGCAAAACCCAGGAGGAAUUUCACUCGAAUUCAUCGCCCAUGUCGAUGAUCUUCGAGGAUGCCUUGGCGUUUCUGGGUCCGGAAGGAAUUGGAGCGAAGGCUCGAGUUUUUUCCGAGUAUGCUGGAUUUGGAGCAUUCUCUUUAUUGGCUAGUUUUCUCGCCAAGCGGAGGAUUUGGAACCGAAUGGAACGGGUCCAUUUCGCAGAUAUUCUCCCAGUCCAUGUCAAACAGCAGUUGCCACGGCGGCGGCGACCAGCAGUUAGAGUCGUGCCGGGACGGGCCCACCGCGUUCAUCCUGAAGAUGGUGGCCAUCGCCGCCAUCCUUGCGGCGGGGGUCGCAGGUGUCGCCAUACCGUUGGUGGGAAAGAACCGCCGGUUCCUUAGCACCGAUUCUAACUCCUUCUUCACGGCCAAGGCCUUCGCCGCCGGCGUCAUUCUGGCCACCGGCUUCGUCCACAUGCUGCCGGCCGCCACCGCUGCCCUCACCGACCCUUGCCUCCCCAAGCGGCCCUGGUCCCACUUCCCCUUCUCCGGGUUUGUCGCCAUGUUUGCCGCUCUGGGAACCCUCCUCGCCGACUUCGCCGGGACUCAGUACUACAAGAGGAAGCAGGCGGGCCAGCUCGCCCGGUUUGACCCGUCCGAGUCGGACGGCCUCGUGUUUGGCGAAGGGGAAGGCGGUGGGAUGCACAUUGUCGGCAUCCAUGCGCACGCGGCGCACCAUAGACAAGUCCGCCCAGUUCCCGGCGCAUUUGAGAAUCACGUGUCCGGGCACCAGCACAGGCAUCCCCAUGACUCAGACUCCGAUGGAGACGCCGGAGUGAGACACGUCGUCGUUUCACAGGUUUUGGAGCUCGGAAUCGUGUCGCAUUCCAUAAUCAUCGGCCUCUCGCUCGGCGUGUCUCAGAGCCGCUGCACAAUAUGGCCACUAAUAGCGGCGCUGUCGUUUCACCAAUUCUUCGAAGGAUUUGCCCUAGGCGGCUGCAUCUCCCAGGCGCAAUUCAGGAACCUCCGGGCGACUCUAAUGGCGUGCAUUUUCGCCUUCACAACGCCGACGGGGAUAGCCGUCGGAACCGGCGUCUCUGGGUUGUACAAUCCCUACAGCCCGAGAGCACUCGUCGUUGAAGGCGUCUUGGAUUCCGUAUCGGCCGGGAUUCUAGUCUACAUGGCUUUGGUGGAUCUGAUUGCCGCCGAUUUUCUAAGCAAGAGGAUGAGCUGCAACUUCAAGCUCCAAGUCGCGUCGUACUUGGCCCUCUUCCUCGGCGCCGGGUUGAUGUCUCUGGUAGCAAUCUGGGCUUGAUCGUGUUGGCGCUAAAAACCCUUUUUCUUUCACGCCAUAUAAUUUGAGCUGGAAAUGAUGGCAAAGUGGCAUAGAUAGAUAACUGUGUUCCUAUUUUUCUCUUUGUACAGUGUCUCUUAUACUGAGUGAAGGUCAGCCUUCCUUCCGGAAGACUCUUGUCUGGAUCCUCCCCUUAAAUAUUUUACUAAACUUUUUUAAGUUGGAUAUAUUUACAU